AGUCGGUCUAGGUUUCCUCUCAGUACUUUCAUUAUCAAAAAAUUUCUCGUUGAAAUAGGUUUUUCUAUUUACCUAUACAAAAAAAAAAUAUAAAAAUUUUCCACAAAAUGCAAAAAAACUUUUUAACAUCUUUUCGCGUUCUGCCGUAUAUGCGCAAUAUGUUGAACCCUCGGCUAGUGCCGAUACGGAGGAUUCAACUAGCAUCGAGGUUGGAAGGGGCCGUCAAGACUGGGGGCGGAAAAGUGACACCAAAAAUGGCCAAUUUGCAGAAGAAAUUCCAGGAAAACAAUGGGAAGCCAGUUUUUCUGAAGGGAGGCGCCAUGGACAACAUUUUGUAUAGGCUUACUCUUGUCCUAUGCGUGCUUGGAGUCGUUGGCGAUGUCUGGCUCUGGUUUGGCUAUAUACUAGCCUAACGGACAUGGGUGAUUAGGAAUACUUGCAGCUCCCCCUACCACACAACCCCCCACACAUAACCACGCAUCCCGACACAACACACCCAUUGUUAUUGUUUUAGUGGAAGUUUUAGCAAUUUAUACCCCUUGGCAUUCAAAGAAACCGAGCUUGAACACAGGGUGAUACGGAAUUUAAUACAAGUUUAUCAAAUGUUCCUAUGUUUACCGCAAUCCUUACGGUAGUAACACUAAACGGCAUUUCUGUUAAUAAACACUUAUCGUUGCCCGUUGGCUGAAAAAA